AUGGCGUACGAUAGUCUCCCUUUCCCUGCUAAGUUUUUCGGCGCCAAUGCCGCCGUUCCCGACGCAGCGCGCGUCUUCUCCGCGAGUUACGACGUCGCGGAGCUGCGCAGCCAUAGGGAGGCUUCCGCCCGUCCGGAAAGUUGCGCCCGCGCGGAAAGUUCCGCGUACGAAGAUCGCGCGGUGUGGAACGUUGCGGAGUCUGAUUUGGAGGUUGUCUGCUCCAUGGAUCGCUCGAUGUCGCACAUGCGACGACUCGCUCGCGACGGUUACGUGGGCGACUGGGACGACGACGAGAUGACGGCGAGCGACGAGGUCGACGAUGAGAGCGUGUGCGACACCGCAUGCAGCCGCCCUUGCCCAGGAAACGCGGAAGAACGCAGCUGGGAUAGCCACGACCGAAUCCAUCUGGCAGCGAAAAGCAAUCCUGCAUCUGAGAUGCUGAGAGCUGAGGCUAUCCGGAUUUUGUCUCGCGCACAAUCGCAAGGAAUCCUGCCCGCGAAUCUUUCUCCGGAAGCGCAAUCGGCGCUUAUCUCGAUGCUAUUAAAGCCCAUGAGCGGUUCUGUCGUGCCGCAUGCUGCUUCCCUUUCUCGGACCGUCAGUGGCGUCAGCUCGUACGCGACAGCCCCUUCGCAGGCCACCGCGGCUGAAACCGCAACGGCAUGCACCGCAUCGCCUCCUGUCGUCGCCGGUGUAGUCAAGUCGUUGCGAUUUCUCGGCGAGUCUGGCAACAAUUGCGGAGAAGAGACGGACCCAUAUCAUGGACUUGGCCCUGCUCUUGACGCCGAAAUCGAGGCCAUGGCUUCUGAGGAUUUGGAGAUUCUGGACAUGGAUAUUAUUAUGGAGUUAGACGAUGUUACUGCCACUGUUGGAUGUCGCGAAGAUGACUUCUAA